GGGGGGGUAAUUAUAAUACCUGUUUGUGUGUUUAUAACGGAGUCUGAGGUCCGGGGGCGGUCGGUCGGUCACUCGGGGAUGAGCUGCUGGACCCCCAGAGCAGAGUGGAGGUCUGAGGGAACCGAGUCCUGAGAUGGAUGUGGACGUCACGCGCGUCCUCCCUGAGCGCGAGCUUCACUGAAGACCAUCAACAAUUCACUGAUGGUGCAGAUUAAACUUCAGCCAGAGAUCUAAGGACUGCAGGAGAUUCUGCGUAUAGAAAUCACAUUAUUUAGCGUGCAGUGAAAAUGGUGAAAAUGUUCUCGAUGAAGGGGCUUUGCUCUCGCACCUCGUUCUACGUGGGGUUCCUGGUGGGCACGUGUUCCCUCUACGUGAUCCUGCGUCAGGCCUGGUUCUCACAGGACGCGUACUUUGGGGCUAAAGACGCCGAAACCGUAAGGAGACUGGAGCAGGAGCAGAAGAACUGGCAGAAGAAGAACUCGGCGUUGUUUAACCUCAACCACCCGCACCACAUCGGUGAGGACAGCGCCCUGGCAGACUCCCUGUACAAGCGCGUGCGCAUCCUGUGCUGGGUGAUGACGGGUCCUGACAACCUGCAGAAGAAAGCUCGUCACGUGAAGGCCACGUGGAGUCGGCACUGUAACAUCGUGGUGUUUGUGAGCUCGGUGGACGACCCGGACUUCCCCACCGUCGGACUCCACACCAAGGAGGGACGCGACCAGCUCUACUGGAAGACCAUCAACGCCUUCCACUACGUGCACGAGAAGCACAGCGCCGACGCCGACUGGUUCCUCAAGGCAGACGACGACACGUACGUGGUGGUGGACAACCUGCGCUGGGUGCUGGCCAACCAUUCGGCGGACGAGCCCGUGUACUUCGGGCGCCGCUUCAAGCCCUACACCAAGCAGGGCUACAUGAGCGGCGGCGCCGGGUACGUGCUGAGCCGAGAGGCGCUCAAGAGAUUUGUGGAGGGCUUCCGCGCCAAGACGUGCACUCACACGUCCUCGGUGGAGGACCUCGCCAUCGGGCAGUGCAUGGAGAAACUGGGCGUGGCUGCCGGAGACUCCCGGGACACGAUUCAGAGAGAGACGUUCCAUCCGUUCGUUCCGGAUCAGCACCUCACCGCCAAGUUCCCCAAGAGCUUCUGGUACUGGAAAUACUGCUACUACCCCAUCGUCGAGGGUCCUCAGUGUUGCUCGGACUUGGCCGUGUCGUUCCACUACGUGAAUGCGGAGAUGAUGUACCUGUUGGAGUACUACACCUACCACCUGCGUGCCUUCGGGUACCGUUACCGCUACCAGCCCCUGGAGCCGGGCCACGCCACGCCGGCGCCGCAGCAGCUGGACGAGCACGAACACCGCGAGCAGCCACAGGAGGCAGAGAAACACCCCGAUCCUGAACCCGAACUCAAAAACAAACACCUGAAUGUUUAAAGAGAACUAUUUAUCAUUUUAUUUUUCAUUAUUAUUAUUUUUAUUCCUUUUUUUUUUUAAGUCUGGAGGGGGAGGGGUGGAGACGAACAUGGUAUUUGCUCUUUUUUUUUUUCCAUAGACAUGAAACUUGUGUUAAGUCUUGAGUCACAUAAGUGUGUGUGUGUGUGUGUGUUGAUUGUUUAACUUUUUCUUGACCAUCACAUGUUGAGUGUUUACCAAGCUCUGAUGGUCUGAUUAUGUCACAGUGCCUCUACAGGUGUGUGUGUGUGUGUGUGAGAGAGCGAGCAAAUAAGUCUCAGGUGUGUGUAAACUCAUCCUCAAUGCCUUCUUAAAACUCUAGACCAAAUGAACACACACUCCCCAAGCAACAUUUAUUAUUAUUAUUUAUUUUUUUUUUAAAUCUACACGCAAGAUUGUUUUGUGACGUCACCAAACAGUGGGCUGUUCAUUGAUCAGUUGCAUCAAACCACAUCGAACCUGUAAUCUGGCUUCAGUGAUCAGGUUUAAGCAGAGACAUUCUUAAAUAUUAUCUGGUGUGUCCAAUGUUUGUACACACAGUGUGACAUUAACAGUGUUUAUUUUGUUUUUUUAAGGAGCUCGAGUAACUGCGUUACCUGUCAGCCUUUGUGGCGCACGAUAAAAAAAAGGCGCUCGAGGAAAUCAAGUUGCCCUGGCGUAACCUGUGUGAGUGUAAAUAUACAAAUUGUAUACUGUUCGCUGGGUCACAUGACUCUCUGAUUCAACACUCUGCAGGUGCCCUUUAACGCCGCCGGUCUCUCACUGAUGCACGUGUGACCGAUGUGCUCAAAUCAUUAUGAUAAUUUAAUAAGCCUGGUUCAGAAUCCCUCUAGUGGCCACGCCCACAUUUUAACCACACCCCAUGCUUGUCAACUCGUCAGGUUUUGUGUGUAAAUCUGUCUUAGCGUGUAUAAUGAUUAUACAAGAAAACACAAGAAGGGAAAUAAACAUGCUCCACACGCCAGGAUAAAGCCUUAAGAGGGCGCUAGACACAGCAGAAGAGAGAUUCAUUAUGAAGUCUAAUCUCUUCGUAGCUGCAACUCGGAAAAACCGAAUAGAUAAAAAAAAAAUAUAACAAUGGGAAAAAACGAGUGUGUGUAGUUCCCUCAUUCUGGUGUGAAAUAAGUAUUGUAGUGCACACUUCGUUUGCUCCCUAGCUACUUGAUCUGUGUGGUUAAACCGAUAACAUGUUCCUCGAUUCGAUUAAUUGAAUCACUGAGCAAUUUUUUUUUCGAUUCUGAAUUGGUUUCCUUUUUAAAUGAUUCAGAUCAAAUUACAAACAUUAACCGGUCCACAACCUGAUGAAUGAUGCGCAGAAAGUCUUUUGCCAAUGCUCGUUCUUUGUGAAGUACUGCUCACUUUUUCAUCUUGUGAACUUACGGGCCUUUGGUGCGACAUCGCCACCUACUGGGCUGGAGCGUAGAGCGGAAAAUAAAUAUCAUGGCGUGACAUUUAAACAUUUAACAACACACACUGGAGAGCACGUCAGUGUUUAUUAGAUACAUUUAGCAAGUUUAAAUCUGCUUGAGAUGAAUCAGACAGCAGCCAAUAGCGCUCCUGAAUUGAAUCGAUCGAAGGUCACUCUGUAGUUCACAGCUCUGCUAGUUACAGCGAUUAUCUAAGCAAUUGCAUUUCAUGUAUUUAUGUAUUCAGAUGAGGGAAAUGUGAGAGAAAAAUCAUGUUUAAAUCAUUUCCUCACCCUCAGGACAACACGGUAAUACGUCAUCCUGUUGUGGUUUGUUCGUAUCCAUCCAAUAAACACUCAGCUCUUCCCUUUGGAGCACCAGAACAUGUCCUCAGCUCUCUCGUCCUCCAUUUAAUACAGUUUAGACAUAGACUUUGGAGUUUUCUCUUUUCUCCAAACGGUCAUCCAUUGUAUCCUCACACACACACACACACACACACACACAGAUUUAGGGGUUUUAUUUCAAACACACCUAAACGCGCCUUUAAAUCCGAGACUGUUGGGGUGUGAGGACGACUGACGGCCAGACGGUGCACUUUCCUAAUGAAAGAACUGAGUUGAACGGAGAUGUUCAACUGGGCAAACACAAAACUGAUUUUUGAUUUUCUAAAGUGUAAAAUAAACCAAAUCAUGGUGUUAUGAGAGAAGGAGGUAAUGAUUAUGAUCAGGCCACUCAUACAGUUCAGUAUUUAAUUUUCUGGACCUAAUUAACCAUGGUUUCCCCCUUUAGAUUUUUGCAUAUUCAUGAAUUAUUUCUAAAGACGUGACUCUGAAAUACAACCGAGUGUUUAAGCCUCAAGUUUAAAAUGAAACUGGACUAAAUGUAAGAUUAGAUUUUUUCUUUGUGUUAAUGGGAGCAAAAUUGUGAAGAGUGAUGUUAUCACUCUGUCUUAAUAUUUUCGUAUCUAAAGGUGCAUGUGUGUGUGUGUGUGUGUGAGAGAGAGAGAGAGAAAGAGUUAGUGAAGGGAAACUAUGUACAGUACCUUUACAUCAGUCGCUAUUUAUGGAUCCAGAAAUGAACAAGAACAAAAUCACUGCGGUCUGCUGAUGAUGAUAUUUAAUAAAGAAUUAUUUUACCUUAAA